GAGAGCCUCCAGCAGCACAGACUGUCUCUCUCCCUCUGCACGGACUAACUGUCGGCAACGGACUCUGGACCGAGACCUGGACCGAGACCUGGACCGAGCUGGAUUACUGUUGGGACUUUACUCCGGGACUGUAACGGACUAACGGACUGUAACUGUAACGGACUGUAACUGUAACGGAGGAUCUUUGUCUUUAUUGAUCUGCUGGAUUAUUUCUCUCCCUUCAACAUGACUCUGGAGGAGCUGGUUGGGUCCAACAGCACCGACAUAAAGAUGGAGACGGUGAGUCAGGCUCUGGAGGAGUUGCUGGUCGUGGCUCAGCGGAAGGACUGUCUCACGGUGGGAGUGUACGAGUCCGCCAAACUCAUGAAUGUAGACCCGGACAGCGUGGUGCUGUGCGUGCUCGCCACCGAUGAGGAGGAUGAAGAUGACAUCGCGCUGCAGAUCCACUUCACGCUGCUUCAGGCUUUCUGCUGCGACAACGACAUCAACAUCCUGCGGGUGUCCGGCGUGAGGCGGCUGGCCCAGCUGCUGGAGGAGGACACCGAGGACGGCAACGGCAACGAGCCCCGCGACAUGCACUGCAUCCUGGUCACUAACCCCCCCGUGCAGCCGCUGCAGUGUCCCGCUCUACAGAACAUCAGCAGCUUCUGUGAGGAGAGCCGCUGCCGGAACCAGUGGGUCCCCAGUCUGGACCUCCAGGACCGCUGAACCGGGUCCAGUCAGACCGCUUGUGGAGCGGUGAGAACGAGUGGAAACGGUCCAAACAGCCGGCCUCUUUCUGGAGAGGAACCGCGGCGUUUGAGUUGAGCCCGGACCGAGCCCGGACCGAGCCCGGAGCCGGAGCCUCUUCCUGCGGCCUGAUGGGCCGAUACUGGAGGGGGUGGGAGGGCGCUUGGACGGGUUCUGGAAGCCGGACCGGCCUCCCGGUAGAGGGUCCAGGUCCUGGAGCUACAGACAGAAUGAACUCCUGAACCACUUCCUGCUCACCUGAGCUCAGGUGGCUACAGGAAGUGUGACAUCAUCAUGUUUUAUUAUUUCCUGUUUGUGACACGAUGGAGUGACGUCACAGUAUUUAAAGGGACAGUAAUCUAUGUGAUCAGCUGUUUAUUGAACCUGUUGAUUGAUCAAUAAAUUAUUGACGGAGAAA